CCAGCGAACAGCACAGAAAGAGCAGAGAGAGUGAGAAGAAGAGCUGUUCUGACUGGCGGAGAAUAGCUUCAUUUAACACACAAUAAAAGAGCGAAGGACUCCGGGGAAAGUGAAAUGUCAGCGCGGAUAUUUGGAGGAAACAACAGAUUUACCGCUUCAUCUCUUUGUUUCUAAUUCAAAAGUUUAUUCGAGGACCUGCAGUAAAGAGGUCUGAAAGAAGCAGCAAAUCGACGUUUUGAGGAGGAAUCACUGGAAUCCAUUCCAAGCUUAUUUUUCAGUUUUCUGUUGGACAAAGAUGUCAGAGAAGAAGAUCGGAAGUCCAGGGAUGACCAUAUUCAGUCCGUAUCGGGUGGUCGCUGCAGUAGCCGUGAUCUUGAUCAUACUGGGGGGUCUGGGAGCCGCCAUCUGGGCCCUUGUCACGUAUCUUAGAACAACAGAAGAUACUGGAUUAUUUGAUGUACAGGUGAGUGCAGCUGACCAGAGGCUGAGAGUGUUCGACUCCACCCAGCGGAGGUGGAGACACGUCUGCUCAUCCAGCGUCAACCAGCUCGUCGCCAACAUCAGCUGUGAGGAGAUGGGUUUCAUCAGAGCAGUAAAUUUCUCAGUGACUUGUGCUCCUGACAAUGGUGGUGACCGAGAUUUUUUCUGCGUAAAAGAUAGUGAGUUAACAUAUGGGAAGAAGAUAAAAACAGCCCUCUAUCCUUGUAAAUGUGACAAAGGUCAGAUACUAGAGGUGAUUUGUCAGGACUGUGGUCGUCGUAUGCUGCCUGAAGAGCGGAUCGUGGGAGGAGUCGACGCUCGCCAGGGUUCGUGGCCGUGGCAGGUCAGCUUACAGUAUGAUGGAGUUCACCAGUGCGGUGGAUCCAUCAUUUCCGAUCGCUGGAUUGUCAGUGCUGCACAUUGCUUUCCUGAGAGGUAUCGUCAUGUGUCACGCUGGCGGGUUCUGAUGGGAUCGAUCUACAACACUCCCAUCCGUAAGAACGUUGUGAUCGCUGAGGUGAAGACUGUUGUCUACCACAGCAGCUACCUGCCAUUCGUCGACGCCAACAUUGAUGACAACAGUCGUGACAUUGCAGUCUUGGCGCUGACAAAACCUCUGCAGUUCACUGAUUAUAUCCAGCCAGUGUGUCUUCCUACCUACGGCCAGCGUUUGGCGGAUGGGCAGAUAGGUACAGUAACCGGCUGGGGUAACAUGGAGUAUUAUGGCACUCAAGCCAACGUCCUCCAGGAAGCCAAUGUGCCCAUCAUCAGCGAUUCUGUGUGCAACGGUCCUGAUUACUACGACAACCAGGUCACCACCACCAUGUUCUGUGCCGGCUAUGAGAAGGGAGGAACCGACUCCUGCCAGGGGGACAGCGGUGGUCCUUUUGUAGCAGCGGAUGUCCUUUCUAAGACCAGCCGCUAUCGUUUGCUGGGGGUGGUAAGCUGGGGCACAGGCUGCGCCAUGGCCAAGAAGCCCGGCGUCUACACCCGUGUGUCACGCUUUCUGCCCUGGAUUUCUACAGCCAUGAGGAUGUAUGAGAAUUCCCCAGGAGUGCACAAAAUGGCACGAGCGGUUACACCAUAGCCAUUUAAAGUGGAAAAAUAUUUUAUAUGAGACUGAAAUAUUGCCCGUUGAGGUCAGAUUUGUUGCUCGGAUCUGUGACUGAGAUCAGACGUCUGAUGUUGAUCAGAUGUUGUGUGAUGAUCAACCUGUCUCAAGGACAAAUAUCUUUCGCAAUAUCUGACUAUCAUGGAGGUCAAGAACCAUUUCUGAUGUUGUAUUUUGAGUUUAUGAACACAUCAGUUGGCAAUUACCAUAAAAUAUGCUUUUUUUGAAAAUCUGUCUCCAAAGUAUACGAUAAGUACGAUAAGAUAUGGUACAGUAAUCAAAUGUAAUCAUAUAUAUAUAUAUAUAUAUAUAUAUAUAUAUAUAUAUGUAUAUAUAUAUAAAUAU